UGCAGCGGCUGUUACCGGAGCCACGCAGAGAGGAGCUGUGUGCGAGAAAUCACUGGCACGGGCAAGAGUUGAGCUACACACACUCGGAUUCUCGUUACUCCUGCCGAGGACGACGGUGUCAAAACCGGGAUUUAUGUCUGCCAGGAAGUGGUAGCACCGGCGGGGAGAUACUCUUCGUCAGAAAGGAAAAUUGGCUGCAGCCUGAAGAUGCCCUGUGGCUUUGUCUGAAUCAGUGACUUCUAGUGCUUUCAGACCUUUAAGACUCAAGACAGCAGGGAGCUGCAUAGCCUGGCAGGUUGCAGAAGUAGGUGCCCUCUGCUUCACCAAGUGGGACUCCAUGGCUGCCAGGGCUGCCUCUUGAUUCUUUGCACUGUCCAGUACCCCUCACAGUGGAGACUUGAAUAUUGUUCAUCAUACUCGUACUACAGUCAGUCCCUGUAGCCCGUUGCUUCAUGGAGGGGUUUCCUGUCCACUGACCCAGCAGCCUGCCUCACUGGAUCAGCAGUCAUGUCCGCCUGCAGCACCUUCACUGAACACGUGUGGAAGCCAGGCGAGUGCAAGAACUGCUUUAAACCUAAAAGUCUGCACUGUCUGGCUCAGAGUGGUGGAGGGAAGCCUCCGUCUGAGCAGAGGCCUCCAACAAGUCAGCAACAGAAUCCACCCCCUGCUGGCGCCAGAGCCAACACUAACCUUACCAUCAGCUCCCAGAGGGCUGGUAGUGGGUCUGCCCGCUCAGGACACUUCCGUCCACCAGUGGCUAAGAAGCCAACCAUUGCUGUUAAGCCCACUAUGAUGCUGCCCUGCUCCUCUGCAGGACUGGAUUCAGACGGCAACCUACAACGACCACCAAAUGUGUUAGAACAGGGCAAAACAUCAGCCUUCACAGUUUGGAAUCGCAACGGACUAAACCGUAAGAGGCCUGGUGGACCCAGCAACAACAACGAAGGAGAAGAUGGCAGUGAGGAGAUUGAGGGUUAUGGACCACUUAGCCCAAGGACCCCUAGUGGAAAUAACAACAACAGUGGACUGGCAGAUGUCCUGAAGGAGAUUGCUGGGUUAGGCCCUGGCCCCGGCCCUAGCCCCACUCCUCUUUCUGGUUCCAAGGACCUGUUUUGGGGACGAAUCAGUAGUUCAUACCAGCGGUCCUUGGAAAGAGGCCUUCCGGCCUCAAGCUGUCUGGCCAUGGGGGGCAGCAGUAGUUGUGGUGGUGGCACUGGUCAAAAACGGGUAUCCCUUAGCGAUAGCUCCGAGAUAAUCAGCACAGAGGGAGGUCGCUUUUGCUACCCAGAGUUUUCCAGUGAAGAUGAAGAAGAAGAGGAUGAUGAUGAGGAAGACACUGAAAGAGAUGAUGAUGAACAUGAGAGCUGGGAUGAAAGUGAUGAAGAGUUACUAGCCAUGGAGAUCCGUAUGCGAGGCCAACCAAGAUUUGCAAAUUUCCGUGCUGCCACAUUGUCUCCAGUGCCCUUUGCUGCAGGGAAAAAGUGGAACACUGUGCCACUUCGCAAUCGCUCACUACAGCGGAUUUGUGCGGUUGACUAUGACGAUAGCUAUGAUGAGAUCUUGAACGGAUACCCCUCCGUAGACUCCAAUGGAGCUCUGCUUCACUAUGGACCCCAUGACAUGCAAGGCAGCGGAUUCCUAUCAAAUUCAGAGUCUACCACUUCUCCAGAAUCAUCGUCAUCACUUCCAGAAGAUUCUCGAACAACAUCCAGCAGUGGGAGCAGUGCCCCCUGUGCUCUUCGAAAUGGCUUGCAUUCUCCCACAUCUACUAAGACACCAAUCCCCUGCACUUCUCCCACAAAAAAGGAGCCUGUCCACAGAGCACUGAGUCCACUUAAGGUGACUGAAACACACAAGGCUGUUCUGGCUAUUAGAUUAGAAGACCAGGACGGCAGAGAAGGUUUGCCAAUGCCCCAAGCCCUUCCUGGUCAACCAGUCACUAUCAGUUUUAGUCCCACAGAGGAGCAAGCUAAACCAUACCGUGUAGUAAAUCUGGAAAAAUCGCUCAUCUGUAAGCCUUACACUGUGGUGGAUGUGUCAGCAUCCAUGGCCAACAAAGAUGAGCAGACUCCAGACGCUACUAUUCCAAAACCCAAAAACCUUUCAAUGCCCUCCAGCCCUACAUCAUUCUGUAGCACACCUGUAGGUCAGCCCCUGUCUCCAACCUCCCCUCUUUCUCCUUCUUCUCCUGUAAUGCCAACAUCGCCCACAUCCGUAGCUCUGUCAAGUACCUCCCGAAAGAAAUCAGGGAACAUACGCUACCAGGAAGUGUGGACAUCAAGCACAAGUCCUCGCCAAAAGAUACCUAAAGUGGAUCUAGGGGGUGGGAGUAAUCCUAGCCCCUCUAUCCCUACUCAGCACUGCAGCCACAAGUCAGCUCCCACUUCUCCCAUUGCCGGGCUGUCUUCCUCCCGAACUGUACCAGUGAAAUCCUCCAACUUAUCAGAGAUAAAGUUUAACAGUUUCAAUAAUGCAGGUAUGCCUCCUUUUCCCAUUAUUAUCAGAGAUGAGCCAGCCUAUGCCCGCAGCUCCAAGAAUGCUGUUAAGGUACCUAUUGUUAUCAAUCCAAGUGCAUACGACAACCUGGCUGUGUAUAAGAGCUUCUUGGGACUCAGUGGAGAACUGCCACAGCCAAAAGGGGUCGGCAAUAGGGUAGCCAGUCAUACUUAUGAAGAGAUUGGAUCCUCUGAGAGUGUCCAGUCCUCCUCAACUGAGAAAACUGUCUCUGGUAGAGGCACAUCAGAGAGAGCCUCUUUUGAAGCUCCACCUGAGGCAGUGUCAAAAGCACCAAAUUUACAACCUAGAACCACUACAGACUCUAGCACUGUGACAAGCACUGUGAUGAGCUCCACUGCUGGGGCCCUCUCCCCCACUACAUCGACAAAUUCCCCUGCCAUUACUGCAAACCAACCUAAAACCAGCCCUACUGCCAAUGCUGUUACACGCACUUGCAAGACAAGUGGAGACGCUACUUGCAGUAAAGAUGAUAAUACAGACUUAGCCUUGUCCUCUGGGACAGAGGCAAGCCACAGGGAGGAAGCCAGUGCUGUGCUCUUACAGAUUGUGGCCUCCAUCCAGCCUCCCCAGUCUCCUCCAGAGUCGCCCUCAGUACAAGCCAAUACUCUCAGUUCUGAGGAACUGUAUGCCCUCCCACCUGAUGCCAUGAAGGAGACCCUCACCAGACCCAAGUCUCUUUUUUCCACAACUGACGGCUGUCUUUCCAAACCCAAGAAGGACACACCCUCCAAAGUUUUGUCUAAAUCUCAGAGUGCCUCUGCUGCUGUCCCACUCUCCAGUCCCCGGUCAGAGCCCAGUGCCCCCUUCCCCCCUCCUAGAUCUACAUCUUCCCCUUACCACGCUACUAACAUCCUCCAGAGGCAUUUUAGCAACUGGACCAAGAGCUCAGCCUCCAGUUCUCCUGUACGACCCAGUGAAGGUGAAGCAAGUCCAGGUGGAGAGGGGAGACGUAUUUCAGCAGAAAGCUCCAAACCCAAACGCUGGAUCUCGUUUAAGAGCUUUUUCCGUCGGCGGAAAGACGAGGAUGAGCAGAGAGAACGGGCGGAGAGAGAGAAGGAGAAAGGCAAGAUAGUGGGGCUUGAUGGAACUGUCAUUCACAUGCUUCCACCACCACCAGUUCAACAGCAUCACUGGUUCACCGAGGCAAAGCCAGAGGAUCCCAACCAGAAGCCAACCAUCAUCUUCACCUACAAACCAGACAGUGGCAACACCCCCGGGGACGGAGAAGGAGAACUACGAGUAGAGGAGUGCAAAGAAAAUGUGCUACUGACUCCUGAUGAGAGCAAAGAACCCAGAUCAUUGAGCCCAGGGCGAACACCACCCUCAAACACCACAGGAUGCGAUCUCAUCAGCAAGGAUUUAAGCCAGUUACCAGCCAGUGCCAACAAUGCCAGGGAUCGGGAGCUGCCCUGCGCCGCCUCCCUGCCUGCCAGAGUGAAUCUGGGGCUGGUGCUUGGGGAGGGAGAGGAGGGCCAUGCCAACCAGGUUGCCACACCGGCCUCAGCCAGCGAUGGCAGCGCCAGCCUUGGAGAGCCAGAGGAGGAUGGGAAUCACUCCCAUCACUCCCACUCUCCCGCCUCCAGCCAGUGCAGUGCCACAUACAGCAACCUGGGUCAAUCCAGAGUCAACAUGAUCCCUCUGAAACAGCCACGACACAUCAAAGCAUCCAAUGACACCUUGGCCUCCAUUGACCUGGACGGCCUUGCUGACCAGCCAGCCCCUAAAGCCACACCACCUCCACUACCUAAGAAGAAUGUACCUCGCUCCAAUACUGAACCCAGCCUGGGAGGCAAAGAGUCCAUCCAGGGAGGCCUGAGACCUCGUGCUGAGGCUAGACCUGGGGGCACUAACCUGAGCGUGGCCAACCCCAUCUAUGACUUGGACUCCACCUGGGAGACGGCGAGUCAGAGCUCAUCUCUAAGCUCCGAGCCUCAUCGAGUCCACGACCAUGAGAGUGGUGACUCCCUGGAGAGGCAGACAGCUGCCACGGCUGCGAACAAGGGCCGCCCGACUAACAGCGUGUCCUCCCUGGUUCCUCAACCUUCGCCUGCUGCGCCCAGUGCCACGGCUGGCAGAGAGAGGAGAGUCUACCCAAGCACAGAGUCUCUGGCUGGAAGGGGUCGGACAACAGGUCGAAGUGCUGGAGGCUCCAAACCCCAGAGAGCUGCUCUGUACAGGGGGUUAGACAGCUGGGAUGAGGUGGUGGGGAGAAUCCGGGGGCUCCACACGGACACGCUGCGGAAGCUGGCAGCUAAGUGCGAGGACCGUUUCAUGGCUGGACAGAAGGAUCACUUGAGAUUCGGCACUGACAGUUGGUCCCACUUCAGGCUGACCACUGGGAAACCCUGCUGUGAGGCGGGAGAUGCUGUUUACUACACUGCCUCCUAUGCCAAGGACCCACUGGUCAACUAUGCCAUCAAGAUCUGUCGGAGCAAAGUGAAGGAGACCCAGCAGCAGUUUUUCCACAGCCUUGCGGUGAGACAGAGCCUGGCUGUGCACUUCAACAUCCAGCAGGACUGUGGACAUUUCCUGGCUGAUGUUCCCGCCCGCCUGCUGCCCUGGGAAGAGGAAGAAGGUGAAGAGGAGGAAGAGGAUGAGGAGGAAGAUGCCAACGGGCUGAAGGAGAAAGAGAAAGAGACAAAGACUGAAACCAAAACAACGGACUCCAAAGCGCCAAAUGGUAAAUUAGAUGAAACCCCAGCAGCAGGUCACAUGAACACUGUCGGCCGCUUGAGGAGCCGAGUGGUGGUAAUCACGCGCGAGGUGCCCUUCCAGACGGUGGCUGACUUUGUCCGAGAAGGCGCAGCACGACACACUCAUAACCCGGAGCUGUACGAGCGUCAGGUCUGUCUCCUGCUGCUGCAGCUGUGCUCCGGCCUGGAGCACAUGAAGCCUUAUCAUGUGACCCACUGUGACCUGCGACUGGAAAACCUGCUGCUGGUCCACUGCCAACCUGGCAACCCCUGGAAUCUGGACAUUCUUGAGCCCAACAACAACAGCAACAGCAGCAGCAGCUCUGGUGCAACCUCUGCCAGCGCUGCUACUGCUGCCGCCAACGCCACCUGCCCCGCCCGCCUAAUUAUCAGUAACUUUUCCCAAGCAAAACAGAAAAGCGCUCUCAUGGCUACAGACCCUGGUACACUGCGCGACCAGUCACGCCUUGCACCCGAAAUUGUCACAGCGACUCAGUACCGCAAGUGUGACGAGUUUCAGACUGGGAUUCUCAUCUAUGAGAUGCUGCACCGGCCCAACCCCUUCGAGGAGACGCCGGAGCUGAAGGAGCGGGAGUACACCUGGGCGGACCUGCCGCCACUGCCUGUCAGAUCGCUCUAUUCACAGGGCCUGCAGCAGCUGGCCCGGUUGCUGCUCACUGUCAACCCAUCUGAAAGGAUCCGCAUGUCCGAGGCCCGAGCCUGCUUACAGUGCCUGCUCUGGGGCCCUCGAGAGGACUUGUUCCAGGCACUGGGCUGCAGCAGCACGGGCCCCAUGUCAGGGGCCACUGCUAGUCAGCGCGAGGCCACCCUCCAGAACUGGCUGGACCUGAAGCGGACACUGAUGAUGAUCAAGUUUGCGGAGCGCUCGAUGGACGCGGCUUGCGGCGUGAGCCUGGAGGACUGGCUGUGCUGCCAGUAUCUGGCGUUUGCCACCACAGACACCCUGAGCCGGGUGGUGCACAUCCUGCAGCAGCCGCAGCCACAUCCUCAAUCCCAGAGCCAGCCAGCGCACGCAGCACCGAGCCAAACCCAAACACAUCAGACACACACCCUCCACCUGACUCAGUCACAGCCGCUCUGAGUUUCUCCAGCCAGUUGUUACUAUGGAAACAGAUUCAACUUCCCCCGUGUGGUCCCUCUGCUGAUGCUAAUGUGUGAUGUAAGCUAAUAGUCAGCUUUGUUGUUGCAGCAGCCACAGUGCUCACCUAAAACCAAACAGCUGGUUGUGCAAAUGUCUGUGUUUUCUUUAUGGACAAACAAAUCAACAGAGCGAGAGCCUGUGCUCCCAUCAAACAGGCUCGGCGUCAUGAUCAGGGUUAUUCUUAGCACUCAUUAACAACAGCAGGACGGUUAAGAGUCAAGCAAACACAGUGGGGCUGUCUGACAUUGUUCUCAGAUCCAGUCCAAGACAAACUCAAACAUUACAACAAGUUGUAGUCAUUUUGGCUCGUGGCAGUGACGUGCUAGACGUCUCUUCGUUAUUCACUUCAUCUGUUUCUUCAGCUGGUCUCACGUGUGUUAAAACACUCCAUCAGUUCCAGAUUGAAGAGAUUUAUCAAAUAUGUGAGUCAAGUCUAGAUUUUUAUGUUUCUUUUAGCCAAAUUCUGCAAAACUUAAGAGUUGUGAUGACGACUUAUAAGAUAUAGUUUGCAUGGCAGCUGUCUCUGGGAUCAAACUGAGACACUGUCAAAUGGAAUAAGUUUAAGAUUUUAUCAUAUUUCACAUCAAUAUAACAGAGAAAAGUUUCGUGAGACAUCUGAAGACAGUUCCCCUCAAAGUCUUUCUGGAGAUGAAACUUAAAAAAGCAUCAGAAAUGGAGAUUUAACUCAGACUGUUGUAUUUAAGUAGGGCUGGGUAUCAGUACUCAAUAUCUUUAAGGUAUCAACCAAGAUAACCCCAAAACCAAGUAGUAUCGAAACUUCUCCUGUCAAACAAUACCUGCAUUUGAUACUUUUUGUAUGCAGAUCUAGAAAAAAAUGACUAUUUGAAUGAUUUGUUCACAGCCAACCACUGCAGGCUUUCUUCAAUUUAAUGCAACAUGUGAUUGGCCCACUACUGCAGCAGCUAAAAACCAUACAGUCAAUGGAGUGGUGAAGGCAAGCGUGGCGUAUCUGUCGUAGUUGGCAGUUCAGCGUGCAGAGAUGCCAACAAAAUAUAUUGCAAAGUAUGGCUUUUCUUCACACCUGAGGUGGCGUCUGAUCAAAAUAAACGCAUACAGUGCAGAAGGAUUAUUCAGUGUUGCCACAGUCAUGAAAGUUCUGGAAAAGAAAAACUGUUUCAAAUUGUUUUGGCUAUUUUUAAAACAUAUGUUCAAAAAAGUCCCCAAACAUUAACAAUGCGUGAAAUGUGAAUUUUUACAAAAGCUGGCACUGUGCCGCAUGACCAUUAAAAGGUCGCUAGUAUCACGUGAUAUGCAUUGGCGUAUGCUGCUUGUUGGUGGCGCGAAUAUCCAGCAAGCAAGUAAAGUUAGUAACAGCUAGCAGUUUGAUUAUCUGCAAAUGCCUGGUAAGUGUGUCUUUAAUAAUGCGUGGCUUUCAAACUACAAAUAUAACACAUGGCUCAAGACAGAAAGAGACAGAUCCUAGUCGUGCUACAUGUAAAUUGUUUGACACUGGUAACGCAGGGGAAGCAGCUCUGGACAGCCACACUAAAGGGAAAAACAUCAAGACAGCCAAAAGGCAAGUAUCGACAUAUAGGCUAUUUCAUGCUUGCUGUAGCCACGCCAGUUAACGUUACAGCUUUGUGUCUACUGUAUGUGAAGACACAAAGGCAUUUCAUUCCAUAUUCUAUAACACAUUUUUGCGAUAAUACUUGUGUUAGAGAAAAGCACACUUGAGUACGAGCCUCACUAUUGUGCCUGUUAGAGCCAUUUCUAGCAAGUCCUAGUUUCCUGUUAUUUUUUGAGUCACUUUAAUGCACCACCUGACCACCUUUAAUUAAAGGCAGGUGUGCUGAAGUGAGUCUUAAGCGUAGAUGACGCUACAGGGGUUACAGUACUAAGUUUUUAUGAACUUUGUUUUUGUAAAGGCCUGUUUAUUUGGGGAAAGCUUGUUUGGUGAUUUUUUUUUUUUUUACGCGACAGUCAAGACAAUCAGCUCAUAGCGUCAUCUUGCACCUUUCUAUACAUCCUGAAAAUCAGUCAACUCUUAAACCAAGCAAAGCACCCUCAAUCAUCAAACAGUGAGUAAAACUAAACCAAAGACAGUGAGUUUAUCAUAUCUCCCAUUAUGGCGUCUGUGGGUGGCCAUUUUUGAACUUACUUGGAAGCCACAAUAGUGCCCAAUGAUUGCUAAAUAGGCCUAGCUACUUAAAAAAAGUAAAGUAAUGGACAUGGGGUAAAAUAUUAUGGAAACGUUUUAAAAAACUCAUGUAAAAAUAUGUGGGAACCCUGAUUUCAAAUUAAGUACUUAAUUGGUAUCAGUAUCACCUUACGUGUCCUGGUAUUGGUACUAGCAUCAUAGUUUUACAAUACCCAGCCCUAAUUUUAAACAAUUCAUUCUUGAAAAAACAGAUUUGAAAUUAAAUAUGAAGGGAAGCUUUUUAGAUGAAGGGAAAGGGGGAAAAUGGAAAAGAAAAUGAACUUCCUGACCAUCGAUGGAUUUGUCCUCUACAAAACUUUGAUAUUUUUUUGUAUCUAGACUGAUACAAAUGUUAAACAUGUUUCACCACUGAAGCCAAAGAUCUGCCACAAAUUGUCCAUUUAGACAGUUUAGAGAUACUUCAGAAGUUUUUAGAUGUUACCUUCAGUUUAUCACUAAAUGCAGUCAGACGUGAUCACACUAACAGAAGCUGUUGUCAGUCCCAAUGUUUGCACAGCUGACACUAAGUUCAAGUCAAUGAAAUGUCACUCUCUGUGGUUUCAAAAAUCAAAAGCCGGUCUGAAGUUAAAUUUAACAACAACUGAACUCUUAAACGCUCUCGUUUCACACUGCGCUUUUCACUUCUGCACAGGGCUUUGAUUCGAACGAGGUAGGUGAUGAACACUGAGCUAAUUCUGGCUUUGCAGUUUUCAGAGGUUUUAGACGCUUUGAAGUUAAAAUGGGACACAACUGCCCCGGCUGUUGGUUUGGUUACUUGUCGGAGUAUGUGCAAUUAAUACCUUUGUUUGUCACUUCCUUGUGGAGGUAACAGCAUAUGAACAUUUUUUACGCAGUCUUUCACUAAUCCUCUCUUCCAUUAGUUUUGUGGCACAUAAACUGACUCAUUUCAGAUUGAGAAACAGUUCAGCGUAAAGAACUUCUCACAGUGGAUGGGAGAAAGGGAUGUUUUCAGGGACUGCAGAGAGUUCUUUGUCUAUUGUUCUUGUCAAGUUGUUUUCGAACGGUUCUGCGUUACGGACGACAUUUGCACAUUCAGUCUGAAUGUUGGCGCUCCUCGACGGAGGCCGAGGACACUGAGGACGAUGCAGGAGAGACUGAGAAAGGUUCCCGUGAAUUUUUUUGAGGAACUGAAUUUUGUUUUUGCAGCGUGUGGAAUGUAAAAGUUUGCCUGGACUGAAACAGACAUUUGGACCUGGUCUCGUCCGCUUCAGAGACGCGCUCAUCUUCCAACCGAACCACUUAGUUUCACAUAUGAACUGUAUUAAUCAACCACAGCCUUGAAGAGAAACUCAACCACUGAGACUUGCUUCCAUUCCUCCUGCCUUUGUUUCCCGUCUCCUUUUGUUGGUAUCCGGCCAAUAGGACGGCAGAUCCCGCUUUGAUGCCCACUGCUUCUCGCUCAACAGCUUCAUUCUGCUUUAAUUAAAUGAGCUCUGUGUUAUUGAUCAGUACCUUUCAGCCUGGAGUCAGUGGAAGCAGAAGAGUUUCAUACGCAGGGGUUUAUUUGUGUUUCUGAUGAUCAAACACCCUGAAAAACAUCACAACUAGACAGUACUCGCUGUACCUCUGUGCUCCCUUGAUACGCAUCCAGGCGGACGAUGCUUUCAACCCAACACUGCAUCCACAGGUUUACUUUAUUUGCUCUGGUUCAGCUUGUCACUGUGGGAAUAAAUGUACUUUUGGGAUCAGGAUCCUGUGAUCCUUUUACUGCAGAUGUACAGUACGAGACAAAAUGGUCCACGGAGCGAAAAUGAGACAAAGCAGGUGUGAGUUUGUUGCUGCGUUAAAGGGUUUGUGUACUGAGGAAUUUGUGCGGACAGCACUGGUGGCUGUCCUUGUAUCUAGAGAUUUAAGCCUUUAUAUAGUAUAUAUAGUAUAAAUAUAUAUAACCUUUAUCUAUUUUAAUCCACACACUAUUUUGUCGAGUACGGAGCACCUCUAUUUCUCUUUAGAGAGUCUAAAGAUCAUUUAUUCAUCUUUAAAGCUUUACUUGACUUUCUUCAACCUCGCUCGUUUUGGGGGAAGAUAAAAGUGAGUAGUUAUCACUGUCCUAAAAAAGGAUACAUGAAAAAAGAUCUUAUUCUUGGAGUUAAAGUGUACGGAGCAUUGAUAUACAGAACAAUGUACAGUAUUUUUACCCCUCUUGUAAAGUUAUCUGCUUAGGAGAUGAACCACUUUGGAAAGAGGCUGAAGGAUGACUUUUGAACGCACCAUUAAAAACCCAGCAUUCAUCAACUGUACGGCCUACAGCGAAUAUUGUUUGUUUUUCUCCUCUUCUCUCUUUGCAUUGUUAAUUGCCACUGAACAGAAAAACCGAAGCUCUCUAAGGCUUUCUAUUAAUAUGUGUACAGUUGUGUCUCCUGGCCUGCCGCCAUUUAUUGUUGAUCAAGUUAACCAACAGUAACAGAACAAUAAAUAUAUGUUUUUAUAUAUACA